AAGGCGCGGAAUCUGAAUGUUUACAUGAAGGAAUAGAAAUUUCAUGAGCUCUUCGACGCUCAUUUCUAUUUUUAAUAAACGUAACGUACCUUGUUUUGUUCUUAUACAUCUAGCGCAUGAUGUCGUUCUCGAAACAGCCAAAAGGAAUAUAUUAGUCUAUCGGGUAUGAGAAAUGUGAGAUAGUGAACUUUAUGUCUUUGUCACUUGUGUCUGAGUGAAACUGAUCAGACUGAAGGAGUCUGAUAGACUGAUUGAGGAUGAGCACUUCAGAUCUGAGUCCUGCUUCCAGCACUCCUGCUGCAGACUCCAGAGAGAAACUCCAGGAUCUGCUGACCGCCGUGAGGGAACUGCAUGACUCUUCACUGCAAGAACUACAGGCAAAAAUAACCAAACUGAAGAGAGAGCGCUGUCUAGAUGCUCAGAGACUGAGUGAAUUUCACAGCAAGAACCAGCAGUUACGAGAGCAACAGAAGAUCCUGCAGGAGAAGAUCAGACAGUUAGAGGACAGGGUGUGUUCUGGACCAUGUGAUCGUUGUGCUGUGACGGAGAAACAGAUUAAAACAACAAAUGCUGAGUUUAAAGACACUAAUCAGAAAAAUUUGUCUGUCAUAUCUGAGCUUGAGGCAGAGAGGAAGACUCUGAAAGAUGAAAACAGGAGACUGAGUCUUGAGCUAGAGCGACUUAGAAAGUCUAGUUCUCCGCAGAAUGUGUCUUCUGAGGCAGAGGAGGGGAUGAUCCCAGACUCUCCUCAUCGUCCGCUUUCUUUACCGGUUGCCAGCAAGAUGAAACGACGGAAAGAGCAGAACCACGUCCGCUACGCCGAGACACCACUGUCACUCUCUCAACCCAGGCGAGGAGAUCCAUUUGUGCCCUUCGGCUGUAAUGGCAAUGGUGUGCUUGUUGCUGAGACAUGUGAAAUGGAUGUGACUUGUAUUGCAGAGCCUAAUAACAAGAAACAUUUUAGGAUGGUGGUUCCUGAGACCUGCCGUAUAGACGCCCAUCCAGAGCAGUUCGAUGAGGAUGAUGAUCUUCACACUUUACCACACACUGAACGAGGCCAACAAACUGAGUCACAUGACUGCACAAACAUCAUCACUGCAGUCCAGAAUGACGAUUCUCCGUCCAUUUUGCAUCGCCGUCCAUUGGUUUCUCGAGAGCAACAGCAGCCGCCCACAGACGACAUUCCACGCACACCUUCAAACAACAGCACACACGUGCCAGUUAACGGAAAGAGAAAACAGAAAAGAGAAGAGAAGAUUUCUGAUUCCAGCCUGGAUGAUCCUGAUGAGACGGAAAUCAAGGGGAUGAUAUUUGCUUCCACUCCGGCUAAUGGUCAUAAAGAGAGCAAGAAUCAGGAAACAACGGAUACAAAGAGGCGGAAAUGUUUGGACCAGCACACACCUCGCAAAAGUUCUCUUCAGAACCAAAACACACCUUUUCCAUAUGAUCAGAGCUGGAGUGUGGAUCCAGGAGUUGAUCUGGCUCAGUAUGAUACAGAGAGCUCUCCUCAACCAGAGGCCAGAUUCAGAGCAGACUUAGAAACGAUGGACACUGACUGCACAUUUGUGAGUCACAGUCUACUGCUGAGAGGCCAGACGAGGACGGGACAAUCCCAAACCACUGGAAUUGGGCAGAAGGCAAACGACAGCCUUGCUGACAUCUUCGAUAAGACAGGGUACGGAGAAUAUGAGUCUUGUCCACAGGACGAGAGCUCAGUUCCUAAACAAGACAGUACGUACGAGGAGGAGAGAGAGGAAGAUGAUAAUGAAGAAGAACAAGUGGCUGCAGAGGAAUUCCGCCGGCCUGCAGACCUGAAGCGAGUGACAUCUGAUGGUGAUACAUCUAGCAGGAAUAAGUCUUUUGCUUGUGUGGAAGUUGUGCGUAAGAAAGACGAAAGGAGAAAACUAAAAGGCCACUAUUGUAAAGAGUGUGAAAUUUAUUAUGCGCACCUUCCAGAGGAAGAGAAGCAGAAAAAACUGUCGUCCUGUUCACGGCAUCGCUACCGCUACAUUCCUCCUUCCACUCCGGAGAACUUCUGGGAAGUGGGCUUCCCGUCGACACAGACCUGUGUGGAAAGAGGAUACAUCAAAGAGGACGACCAGCCGGACGUGCGGAUACGCAGGAGACGACCGUACCUCGCCAUGUUCUCACCGAAAGUCAAGUCCCAAAAACAGCAGCACUGAGUCGAUCCGUUAUGACUUCAGAUGGGAUUUAAAAACUCCACUGGGACUAAAUGGAUAAAGAGGAAAUGUUGGUUGAAAGUGAAUCUCUUCUAUCUGCUCAUGUCCUGAAUCACAGCUGCUUAUUUUAAUUUAUUUUAAUUGUAUUUGUGUUACACUGAGUAAUUCAGUGUCCUCAGAUUUUACUAAAUGAUUUUGAUUAAUAAACAAACCUUAUUUUGUCUAGAGGAUUUUUUGAACUAAGUAAAUAAUUUACAUUUUGUAUGCUUGACUUUGUACUUUGUAAAAAAAAAUUCUUUAAAUGUUACUGUAAUAAGAUCAUAAUAAAUCUUUUUUUAAGUGCA